AUGGCGGACGCAGAGGCGCAGUCUCGAUCUCUUGCCUUCUCCUCUCGCCGAGUCUCUCCUCCACCGCCUCGUCGACCGCCGGUCUUCAAACACAGCGUCGAAAAGGUUAUCUUUAGAGAGUACAGAAUCGUGGACGCGGAGUGGAUGGCGUAUUUGGGAGCUUUUCGUCACUUGCGCUACUUGAACCUCGCCGAUUGUUAUCGAGUCUCCUCUUCAGCUCUUUGGCCAAUUGCAGGAAUGACUACUCUUCGUGAGUUGGAUCUGUCUAGAUGCGGCAGGAUCAAUGAUGCCGGAAUUAACCAUCUUCUCUCCGUUCCUAAUCUGGAGAAGUUGCACAUUUCAGAAACUGACGUCACUGCCAAGGGUGUCAAGCUUCUCGCCUCUCUUGAAAACUUGUCUCUUCUUGACUUAGGUGGCUUGCCCGUAGAUGACGAGUCGUUAACUUCGUUACAGCAGUUCAUUUGUUUGCAGAUGGGGUCCAAUGUAUUACCUUUCGGACUACAGUAUAUUGAUCUCUGGGGUAGUAAAAUAUCAAAUAAAGGUGCUGCUGUUCUCAAUAUGUUGCCCAAGUUGACCUAUCUCAAUCUUGGUUGGACCAGUGUCACAAAAUUGCCUAAAUUAUCAUCUCUUGAAUACCUGGACAUGAGUAACUGUACUGUUGAAUCUGUACUUGAAGAUGAUAAAUCUCCUUUGUCAAAGCUUAUUUUCACUGGGGCUACAUUCCUGAAUGAAGCUGGAAUCUUCCUGUAUGCAAAUACAAAUCUCCUAUCCUUUUUGGAUUUAUCUUAUUCGAGCCUGCGCAAAUUCUUCUUCUUAAGAAAAAUGAAAGUAGUAGAACAUCUCAAUCUCUGCGCAUGCAUGAUGGGGGAUGAUUCAAUUAAGAUGCUUGCAUGCGCUAGUGGUAACUUGAAAAGUCUGAAUCUGAGCCGUACCAGGGUUAGUUCUGCUGGAUUAGGGAUUUUAGCUGGACAUGUUCCCAAUCUUGAAAUUCUGUCAUUAUCUCAGACUCCAGUGGAUGACACUGGGAUCUCAUUUAUCAGUAUGAUGCCUUCACUAAAGGACCUUGACCUGAGCAAUACAAACAUUAAAGGUUUUCUGCACCAAGGAAGGAUUGAUGUGGACUCUCCACUCUCCCUAAUGGCUUUGAAAAAUCUUAAAUUAGAAAGGUUGAAUUUGGAGAAUACGCAAGUUAGGGAUGAAGCUUUAUACCCUUUGUCAAGCUUCUUAGAGCUGAGAUAUUUAUCAAUUAAAAAUGCUUCACUUUCAGACGUUUCAUUUUGCCAUUUAUCAUCUAUUCCUAAAUUGACAAAUCUUAGUAUUUGUGAUUCGUUAUUGACAAAUAAUGGGCUUGAUGAGUUUAAGGCUCCUGAAACUCUGAAACUGCUGGACCUCGGAGGUUGUUGGCUCUUAACUAAAGACACUAUCUUGUCGUUCGGUAGACGUCAUCCACAAGUUGAAGUCAGAAAUGAACUUUGUACUUUAUAUGCUUCUAAUCAAAAUGGACUUGAUCAUUCCUCUCCAUCUCGAUCAACUUCCAGGACUAAGCAAAUGGCUAAGAAGAAAAAUCAAGUUCUGCUAUCUCCGUAUCUUCUAGAUCAAAGAUUGAAAUAUAGCAGGGAUGAGUUACUUGUGUUGCAGUUUACGUCCUUGCCUCUUGCAUCUAGUAGUGAGAGUGGCAAUUCAAUAUUUGAGGAAAUAUUGGAUUGUACGAAGAAAUCUCCUUCUAUAUAA